AUUGUCCGCUGUAGGAGCUCAUCAAAUUGCGCCCUACCUAGACCGACUCGGUCGACCGGUGGUAGGCUAUAAAAGCGAGCCUCCAACCGUCCAAGUCAACUUCGUAUCGACGGUACAACGAUCGACGGUAUGCACUUUAUUCUAGUGCCGUUUCUCCUAGGAGUACGAGUGCCAGCCAACGAGGACCAAUGGAAAUAUGGACCAGAAUAUACGUUCAACGCGAGCCUCGGAAUGGUCACGCACAUGGAGGUGGACUUAGGUGAGCCAAAGGCCUCCAGUUUGCUCGUCACGAUGAAAUGUCGUCCUAAGGAACCUGUACGGCUCAACUGUCGCUUCGAGAACGCAAGAAUCACGAAAUUCCUACCGGAGAAAUUCGAACCGGAAGCUUCCAUCCCGCCUAGCAGCGCGACCUUCUCCGAUUUUGGAUUCGGCAAUGCCUCGUUUGAGAUUUUAUUCAAGGAAGAUGGAAUCGAGAGUUACACGUUCGAGAACGAUAGCAGAUUGAUGGGUGAUUAUCUGGUGAAUAUGUAUCGACUGAUCGCCAAUCACCUGAGCGUUGGGAUUAGAUUCAGAAAAGACGUACCAUCGCGGUUGAGGAAGGUGGAGAACUCCACUUUGGGCGAAUGCUCGGUCAAUUAUAAUAUCUCUCGAACGAAACUGGAGGAACUGGCUUCGAAUAAAGAGUAUCAGCUCGUUUGGCUAGCCGAUCAGAAGAUCGAUCCUGAACAAGCGACGGAGAUCAGCAAACAGACGAAUCUUAAUAAUUGUACUCCUCAUUGGGUUUAUUAUUUUGGUACCAGGCACAUCUUUGGCUUUGUUCCUGUCGCGUCUAAGGAGAAUUUGAUAUCCUCUGUUGGCCGCAUAUUCAUCACAAGCUCAAACUUCACUUCGGAAAGCAUCAACAAAGUUGAAUUAUAUAAUAUGAAUGACAACAAAAAAAUUGGAACCGUAUUGGACCACAUACGAGUAUCUCUGGUGUCUGUUAAUCCUGCCGGGGCUGAACUCACAGAUGUUGCAAAUCCAAUGAUCGUCGGUACUACAUUGAAAAAGGAUGUACAUUGAAACGAGAUACAUUGAAACGAUUAUACGGUUGAUUUAUGGUUCUUGAUUCUGAGCAAUAAUUAAUUUGUUAGCACGUUAUGUAGUAAAAUUGUUGCAUUUGAAAGAA